AUGAACCAAAAAAACACCAACAAUGCCAACGCCCACGAUGCGCUCCCCCCCCACGCGGACGUUGGCAUCAAGAUCAACAUCGCCAUCGCCAUCGCCAUCGCCAUCGCCACCCCCAUCCCCGUCGGCAUCAGCACCCCCAUCCCCGUCCCCAUCGUCCCUCCUCCGCCCCGCCCCCCUGUUCCUCGUCGCCGCCGCCCUCCGCCUCGCCCUCCUCGCCUACGGCGCCUACCAGGACGCCCGCUCCGCCGUCAAGUUCACCGACAUCGACUACCUCGUCUUCACCGAUGCCGCCCGCCUCGUCUCCGCCGGCCAGUCGCCCUACGCCCGCGACACGUACCGCUACACCCCCCUCCUCGCGUGGCUGCUGCUCCCCACCGCCGCCUUCCUCCCCCUCGGCAAGCUCGUCUUCGCCCUCGCCGACCUCCUCGCCGGCUGGCUCGUCCUGCGCGUCCUGCGCCGCCGGGGUUUCCCCCCCCGCGGGCCGGCGCCUUCGCCGCCCUGUGGCUGUGGAACCCCAUGGUCGCCGCCAUCAGCGCCCGCGGCAGCUGCGAGGGCCUCCUGGGCGUCCUGACCGCCGCGCUGGUGUGGGCCGUCGAGGCGAGGCGCGUCGGCCUGGCCGGCGCCGUCCUCGGCCUGGCGGUGCAUUUCAAGAUCUACCCCUUCAUCUGGGCCGGCGCCGUGGUCUGGUGGAUGGACCGCGAGCGCAUGGGUGGCCCGCGAGCCGGGCCGGCGGCCGCGCCGGAGGAGCCGGCCUCCCUGGGCGCCCUGGUGCGCGGGUUCGUGUCCCCCGACAGGAUGAAGCUCGCUGCCGUUAGCUUGGCCACGUUUAUGGGCUUGAACGCGCUCAUGUAUUCCGUCUACGGCACGCCCUUCCUGACGCACACCUUCCUCCACCACGUCUCCCGCAUCGACCACCGCCACAACUUCUCCCCUUACAACACCCUCCUCUACCUCACCUCCGCCGAGCCAGCCUCCUCCCUCCGCGCCGAAUCCCUCGCCUUCCUCCCCCAGCUCCUCCUCUCCUGCGUCCUCAUCCCCUUUGUGCUGGCGAAAAAGGACCUCGCCACGAGCAUGAUGGCCCAGACCUUGGCCUUUGUCACCUUUAACAAGGUCUGCACUUCGCAGUACUUCCUGUGGUACAUGAUUUUCCUGCCGCUGUACCUCCCUGGCUCGACCUUGCUUCGCAAGCCGGCCGUCGGCGUCUCUGCGCUGGUGCUCUGGAUUGCGGCGCAGGCGGCGUGGCUGCAGCAGGGAUAUCAGCUGGAGUUUCUGGGGCGGAGCACCUUCUUCCCGGGUCUAUGGGCCGCUUCUCUAGCCUUCUUCCUUGUCAAUUGCUGGAUUUUGGGGAUAAUAAUCUGCGACGGGGCGGUGACUCAUGACAAGCUUCACGUAGAGUAG